ACAGAGAGGAAAGCUCAGAGCAAGACUGGACCCGGCUGCACACCGACAAAGGCAAAUCUCUGCGGCGAUAAACGCGGACCUGCCACGGCGCGGCUGCAGACGUCAGGCACUGUUGAUGGAAUACACUCUGGAAGACUUUAGACAAGGAGCCAGGAAGGAUCGGCUGCCACCGUUUUGAGUCCCUCCACUUGGAAAGACGUCUUAUCAGUUGGAGCUGCAACAACAAACCGUUCACUUCGAGGUGCCAGACUGCAGAUUGGCUUUCUCAUGGCAGGUCCUUGGGACGAUCAAGUGGAAACCAUUUGCAGCCCCCGGACUCUCAUCUCACUGACUUGCACCUUCUUGCUGUUCACCGCGGGCCCUCUCUGCGGGGAGAGCAGCCCUAUCUCCAGCCCACACCAGAGGAACAGGCCCGCUCCCGGGCUGGGGGACGGGCGCGGCGGCGUGGUGGACCCCUCGCUUCUGGAGCAGGACAAUGACGUGCAAACUGUGCCGGAGAGUUUGAAGGACCAGUUUUUGCAGACGUUUAACCUGUCUGGCGUGGGCCCCCCGCCGCUGCCUCCUGGAGGCAAACGAGAGGAGCCGCCCGAGUACAUGAUGGAACUGUACAACCGCUUUGCCAACGACCGGACAUCCAUGCCGACUGCCAACAUAAUUCGUAGCUUUAAAAACGAAGAACCGUCCCCAGGUGCUCUGACCGCUGCGGGGGUGAGGCGCCACCCACUCCUCUUCAACGUAUCUGUCCCACAUCACGAGCACAUCACUUCUGCUGAGCUGCGCCUCUACACUUUGGUGCAGACUGACCGUCACCUGUACGCCGGCGUGGACCGCAAGGUCACCGUGUUUGAGUUGAAAUCCCAAGCGGGGGACAACAGCACCGCCGACAAGCCAGAAGGCAGAGAAGGUGUGGGAGCAGUAGAGCUGCUGGAGCUGUCUUCACGUCAGGUCUACGGCACCGAUAACGGCUGGGAGGCGUUCGAUCUGACGGCCGCGGUCCAGCGCUGGCAGAAAUCCGACAUCGUCACCACACACCGCCUGGAGGUCCACAUCAUGAGCAUGGUGGACGAGGACGGCGUCAGGGACCAGGCUCGGGACCCGCUGCAGGGGGACAUGAAGAUCGACACCAGCACCGCCGAGAAACACAAACCGCUUUUGAUCGUCUUUUCCGAUGAUCAAAGCAGCGACCACCGCGACGACAAGCGAGAGCUGAACGAGAUGAUCGACCACGAAACUCUAAACACGAUUCUGCCAAAUGAGCUGGAUAACGGACUGAAUGGACUGUGGACGGAUCUUGGCAGAGACUCAGAGGGUGAGACUGCGGAACCAGAUGAAGAAGACCUGCUGCAAAUGCGAUCGAAUUUGAUCUAUGACUCCACGUCACGUAUUCGCCGAAACGCCAAGGGAAACCACUGUAAGAAACAAUCUUUGUAUGUGGAGUUUAAAGACAUUGGGUGGGACAGUUGGAUUCUAGCGCCCACCGGUUACGACGCGUUCGAGUGCAGCGGGAUAUGCACCUACCCUCUCACAAAGCACGUCACCCCCACGAAACACGCCAUCGUGCAGACAUUGGUGAGCCUCAACAGCCCUCAGAAAGCAGCACGGGCGUGUUGUGUUCCGACCAAACUGGAUCCCAUUUCCCUCCUCUACCUGGACGACACAGGGGUGGUGACCUACAAGUACAAGUUUGAGGGCAUGGUGGUGGCUGAGUGUGGUUGCAGAUAGUGUCGGGAAGUGUCAAGUUGGAAUUGGUUCGCAAAGGAGCAACAGUUCUCACGGGCAAGAAUCACAGAGCUGUUGCAAGUCCACAGAGAAGACAGACUUCCAGAGAGUUCCACAGAGAACAGUCCACUGUGUCAAGUGUGGUGGGAACCUCCCUCCCUCUCCUUCCCCCUGACAUCAGUCUUCCUCUCUUCUUAUCUCUGGCUUCCCCACUUGAUGCAAACACUAAUCAGCACUUCAUGUGUCCUACCGCUGUGAAAUGACCUCCCACAGACAUGAACUUUCCAGGCCCACCCCCCGGCUCCGGCAGGCCCCUGGUAUGUCGUGUAACUACGGGUUAUCUAACCCGGACCAGCUUCCCAAACCAAAUGCCUCUUUUCCACUCCCUCAAACUGCUGCGAUAGUGAGGUGUUGGGGUGGAAAAACAUGUUUGGCAGCACUCGAACCAACCUGGCGGGGAGGGGACAGGACCGGGG